AUGUCGAAGACUUUUAUCGGCAACGUCAAGAGUGUCUUGAGCGGCGACACCUUGAUCCUGACCAGCCCCAACAACCCCGCGGCCGAACGCACCUUUUCCCUUGCCUAUGUAUCAGCUCCCCACCUGAAGCGAGAGGGAGACGAGCCAUUCGCAUUCCAAUCUCGUGAAUAUCUCCGAAACCUGGUCGUCGGAAAGCCAGUCCAAUGCACAGUCCUCUAUACGAUUCCCACGACCGGCAGGGAGUUUGGUUCUGCCCAACUCCAGGACGGAACUCUCCUUCCUGAUGAGCUCAUCAAGGCUGGCUGGCUGAAGGUCCGCGAGGAUGCUGGCCGCAAAGAGGAGUCGGAAGAGCUUCUUGAGAAACUCGAGAAGCUUCGUGCUCUCGAGUCCGAGGCCAAGGGUGCCUCUAAGGGGCUCUGGUCAGGCGUCAACGGCACCAUAGAGGUACAGAACGACCUGGGUGGCCCCGAGUUCUUGACACAGUGGAAAGGCAAGACUGUGGAUGGCAUCGUCGAGAGGGUGUUGAGCGGUGAUCGCCUGUUGGUCCGACUGCUGCUCUCGGAGAAGAAGCAUGUGCAGCCCCUUACCCUUGUUGCCGGUAUUCGAACUCCGUCCACCGAGCGUACGCUUCCUUCCACCGGUGCCACACAGCCUGCCGAGGAGUUUGGAAACGAGGCCAAGGCAUUCGUCGAGUCAAGGCUACUCCAGCGACAGGUCAAGGUUGAGAUUGUCGGCGCCAGCGCCCAGGGACAACUCGUCGCCAACGUCAUCCACCCCCGAGGCAACAUUGCUGAAUUUCUGCUCCAGGAGGGACUGGCCAGGUGUAACGACUUCCACUCAACCAUGCUGGGAGCGAAGAUGGCUCCUCUGAGAGCUGCCGAGAAGCAAGCUCAGUCCAAGAAAAUCCGCCUGCACAAGCACCAUGUGGUCAAGGCGGAAGCCGGAAACCAGGAGAUGACCGUUACCAAGGUUGUUAGCGGCGAUACGAUCAUGGUCAAGGCAAAGGCCGACAGUGCAGAAAAGAGAAUCAGCUUCAGCAGCAUUCGAGGUCCUCGUACCAAUGAGCCUUCCGAGAGCCCCUUCAGAGACGAGUCCAAGGAAUUUGUGCGAUCAAAGCUUAUUGGCAAGCACGUCAAGGUAAGCGUUGACGGAACUAAGCCCGCUACUGAGGGCUUCGACGCCAGAGACGUGGCCACAGUCACCGAGAAGGGGAAGAACAUCGGCCUUGCGCUGGUGGAGGCUGGAUUGGCCUCUGUUAUCAGGCACAGAAAAGAAGACACCGACAGAGCCUCCAACUACGACGAGCUGCUUGCGGCUCAGGAAAAGGCCAAGGAGGAGAAGAAGGGCAUGUGGUCUGGAAAGCCUCAAAAGGCUAAGCAGUACCUGGAUCUCUCAGAAAACACACAAAAGGCAAAGAUUAUGCUUGCCACCCUACAGCGACAGAAGAAGGUGCCCGCCAUUGUUGACUUCUGCAAGGCUGGUUCCCGAUUCACCAUUCUGAUUCCUCGCGAGAACGUCAAGCUGACACUGGUUCUGGGCGGCAUUCGUGGCCCCAGAGCCCCUCGCGCCGAUGGACAAGGCGGCGAGCCGUUUGGCAAGGAGGCUCUCGACCUGGCCAACCGACGAUGCAACCAGCGAGACUGCGAGGUGGAUAUCCACGACAUGGACAAGGUCGGUGGAUUCAUUGGUGAUUUGUACAUUGGCCGUGAGAACUUUGCCAAGGUCCUCGUCGAAGAAGGCUUGUCUUCAGUGCACGCCUACUCUGCUGAGAAGUCGGGCAACUCUGCCGAGCUAUUCUCAGCCGAGAAGAAGGCAAAGGAGGCCAGAAAGGGCCUGUGGCACGACUAUGACCCUUCACAAGACGAGCAAGUCGAUGAGGAGGCCGAGGCAGACGCUCCCGAGGCGGAAGUCACGCUGGACAAGAAGCCGGCCGAUUACCGAGACGUCAUCAUCACAAACAUUGAUGCCAACGGAAAGCUCAAGAUUCAGGAGAUUGGAAAGGGCACAGCGGCUCUGGAGUCUCUGAUGAGCGACUUCCGAAAAUUCCACAUCGACUCCAAGAACAACAAGCCCCUGACGGACGCCCCCAAGACUGGCGAGUUCGUGUCCGCCAAGUUCUCUGCCGAUGGGCAAUGGUACCGUGCCCGAGUCCGAGGCAACGACCGCACAGCCAAGGUGUCCGAGGUUAUCUACGUGGACUAUGGCAACAGCGAGAAGGUGGCGUGGUCCAAUCUGCGAAGCCUAGACCAGGGCCAGUUCGGUGUCCAGAGACUCAAGGCCCAAGCCAUUGACGCAUCGCUGUCAUUUGUCCAGCUGCCCACCGGCGCCGACUACUUCAAGGAGGCCAUCGACUUCAUUUACGAGCUGACUGAGAACAAGCGACUGGUCGGCAACUUUGACUUUGUCGACAACAAGGAGAAUGUCAGCUACAUCACUCUGUACGACACCAAGGCAGACGGCUCUCUGCCCGGCCCCAACGACUCCAUCAAUAAGGAGAUUGUGUCGAGCGGGUACGGCAUGGUCCCCAAGAAGCUCAAGUCGUGGGAGCGCAGCAAGGCCUUUGAAUCAUACCUGAAGCGCCUGCGAGAGAUUGAGAGCCAGGCGAAGCAGGACAGGCUAGGCAUGUGGGAGUAUGGUGAUAUCACUGAGGACUAA